AUGGUCCACCUUGCAACUAGUUCUGCGAUUGCACUUGGCAUCAACUUGUACAAUGUGGAUGAUGAUAUGGUACUCACGUCAAAGGAGGCACGCUGUCGCCUUUGGUACUCUCUGUUCACGCUAGAGCACCAAUUAUCAACUAUAACAGGAAGACCGUCAUGCUUGACUAACUCUCUGUCUGCGUAUGCACCUUUACCAGUUGAGGAAAGCCAAUAUUACGACUUCUGGAAAGUUCAACUUGACGGGGAUCCGCUACUUCGACAGAAGUUCCUUGCUUGGACAUUGUACCAAGAUCAGGAUCAGGACGUUCGCUUCCAAUCACAGCGUCUGAAAUCACUCACCGCAAAUCCGCCGUUGUAUUUCUUCUAUAUAGUAGAUCUGUCAAUAAUCGCUCAAGCAAUCAGCACUCGCAUGUAUGGGGCGAGUCCUCUUGAAAAUUGGGUUCAGGUGGAGCGUCAAGUAGACUUCUAUGCGAAGAAGUUAGAUAUUUGGCAAUCUCGCAUCAUUGACCAAUUCUCGAUUGCUGCAGACAAUGGUUCUCUCUCUAGGGAGAAGACCUCUCUUACCAUGCACUAUUACAGUGCUCGUAUCAUGCUAAGCCGCCUCUGUCUCUCCGGACCAGGCAUUAACCGGCAAACUACGAUCGUUUUUCCAUUGUCCCGUUUAGGAUACGAUCAAGCUCUAGUAUGCAUCAAAUCCGCACUCUCUCUUAUAGCGAAUCUCCCUGAGGAACCCGACUUCAAAUGGCUCUACGCCUAUUCGCCGUGGUGGAUCAUGCUUCAUUUUCUUAUGCAGGUCGCCAUUGUGCUUCUUAUGCAGCUUUCUCUGGGUUUAUUGCCUACAGAGAAUCGAAGUAGCUGUGAGGACCAUGGCAAAGGUAAUGACGACAUUUGGGAGAUAUUAGUUACUAUUCCUUUAGCAUGUCAAAAGGUGCUCCGAUGGCUUCGAAGUGUGGCAGUGGUUGAUCAGACAUGGCAAAGGGGCUCUAGGAUGUGUGAUGAUUUAUUCAGACGCGUUACAUCAGCCAAGCAAUUGGAAGCUAGAGUGCUCCAGUGUUUCGCACCGUUACUAGUGACAGAUUCUAGUUCUCCGCAUGCAUCAGAACUGUUGUCACCAUCUUCGACCGAACCGCACAGCUCACCUAUAAAUGCCCAUUCGAGCACAACAGCUGCUGAGAAUCCUGGUUUCCAGUCUGAUCCCGAUGAGCCAUACAAGCAAAAAUAUCUCUUUCCUUAUAACCCUUUACUGUAUUCCGACGCUACAUGGCUUUCUUCCAUCCUCGCGCCAGAACGGGCACCGAACACUGGACACAACCUUUAA